AUGGAUAAAUACGCAUUUCCCUGCGAACCCCUGGCCAGUCCAGCGUCGCUGGUAUCAGGACCAACGUACCGCUUCACGCUCCUCAGCCAGACAGUUUUGAGAUAUGAAUGGGCCGAAGACGGUGUAUUUGAAGACCGUGCCUCGACCUUUGCCAUCAAUCGCAACUUUGCCCCGCCAGACUUCACUGUCAACGACACCAACGACCACAUCGAGGUUUUUACUCGCAACUUCCAUAUAACCUAUGACAAGAGGCGCUUCAGCCGAAGUGGUUUCAUCAUUGGGUUUCCCAGCAAAGUAACGCUCUGGGGAGCUGAUUGGCGCUAUGGCGAGACGGCAAAGGACAAUCUGGGUGGUACCGCCAGAACACUGGAUGAAGUUGAUGGCCGUUGUGAUAUGAGUGAGGGCAUUUUGUCGCGAUCCGGAUUUACAACGCUUGACGAUAGUGAAACUAUGCUCUUUGACGGGCAGGGCUUCGUCGCACCCAGGAGAAGCGGUGAUCGCAUCGACGGAUACAUGUUUGUCUACGGACACGAUUACAAAGGCGCCAUCAAGGCGUUCUACGACAUUUCCGGCCGACAACCUGCUCUGCCCCGGUGGGCGCUGGGUAACUGGUGGAGCCGAUAUCAUGCGUACUCAGCAGAUGAGUACAUCGAACUAAUGGAUACCUUUGCAGAGCGCGACGUCCCUCUGUCCGUCGCAGUCGUGGACAUGGACUGGCAUCAGGUCCAGGGCGAUCAUAUCCCACACGCUGGCUGGACAGGGUACAGCUGGAACAAGGAACUGUUCCCCAAUCCUCCCGAGUUUGGCAAGGCCCUUCAUGAUCGCGGAUUGAAAAUCACGCUAAAUGAUCAUCCUCACGGCGGUGUUCACAGCCACGAGGACCUAUACGAGACCAUGGCCGGGGCCAUUGGACACGACACGUCCAAGAAGGCCCCAAUCUUGUUCAAUCCUACUGAUCCAAGGUUCAUGGACGCCUUCUUGAGUGUGCUCCAUCGCAGCAUCGAGAAGGAAGCCUGCGAUUUUUGGUGGAUCGACUGGCAACAGGGCCCUAUUUCGCGAAUCCCGGGACUCGAUCCGCUCUGGCUAUUGAAUCACUUCCAUUUCCAGGACCAUGUCAAUCAAAACGGCCAAGGAAAGGGCAUCAUAUUCUCUCGAUAUGCGGGGCCAGGUAGCCAUCGAUACCCGGUCGGCUUUUCGGGAGAUUCCAUUCGAACAUGGAAAUCUCUCCAGUUCCAGCCAGAAUUCACAGCUACCGCUUCUAAUAUCGGCUAUGGGUGGUGGAGUCAUGAUAUCGGCGGCCACAUGGGCGGUAUUCGAGACGACGAGUUGGCCACUCGAUGGGUUCAAUAUGGGGUAUUCUCUCCAAUCUUCCGACUACACUCUUCCAACAGCCGGUGGACAUCCAAGGAGCCGUGGAAUUUCCGAGCAGAACACUGCAAGGCAAUGGAACACUACAUGCAGUUGCGGCACAGAAUGGUUCCCUACCUACAUACAGCCAACCUCCUCGGCGGAGCUGAACCACUUGUCCGACCGUUGUACUGGGAGUAUCCAGCUCACGAGGAGGCGUAUGAAAAGCCGAACGAGUAUUUCUUCGGGCCACACUUGAUCGUCGCUCCCAUUGUUGAGCCGAGAAAUCCCAACACCAACCUGGCCAGCGCAAAAGUCUGGGUUCCACCAGGCCGACACGUAGACAUCUUCACGGGGGCAAUAUACGAUGGGGACCGGGAAAUUCAAAUGUACCGCUCAAUCGAGACCAUUCCAGUUCUCGCGCCCGAGGGAUCCAUCAUCCCUCUUGACGCAGACUUGCUCCCUCAGAACGGUUGUAUGAACCCUACUUGUCUGGAAGUGGUGAUUGUCGUUGGGAAAGACGGCGAGUUCACCAUGCUGGAAGACCCACAAGACGAUUUUGGUGCCAAAGCGAAACCGGUGAAUGGCGAUCCUACAGAGCACCGCAAGGUCAGGCUCCAUUACAAACAGUCUACGGGACGUCUGAGAAUAUCGGAGUCCACAAAGACGUGGAAAUUUAGAUUCCUGUCCGUCAUGACCAUCCCCACCACGCUUGAGGUGCGUGUGGCUGGCGUCGUAACUGCUUGCAGUGUUCGCAUUGAGGACAUGCCAGGUACCCCCGGUCUCGUCGUGCAAGUUCCCGUCCAGGACUCGGGUAACAAGGCAGACGUGGAAGUCAGCCUCGGUCCUGAUCCGCAGCUCAGCGUGUUGGAUAAGUCGGCCCGUUUGAUGGGGUGGCUUCUUGACCUCCAGAUGGAGUUCGAGGUCAAGGACAAAAUAUCGGCUGCCGUGGAGGGGACGAAGCCGCUGGCGAGCAAGAUUGGAGGACUGAUGAGUUUGGGGCUGGAGGCGGACUACACAGGCCCUGUGGUCGAGUUGUUGACCGCGGAUAGUCGCUAG